UAACAACAGACAAGUGAAUUCUAUAAACUCUAUAACAAAGACAUAAUAUGAAAUCUUCCAAAUUGAAAGGGAUGAAAUUAUCGGUGCGAGUAAGAGGGGAGUGGUUUGCAAUACCAUGCAAUAAGGGUCAGGAGACCAUAAAAUGGCUGGGAGAGCAAUCAUUACAGAGAUACAACAAAUCAAAAGCAGCCCAUGAACAUAUCUUACACACCAAAGACCCCAUCGCUGAGAUACGCAAAACUCGUGGUGGCGCAAUACUCGAUGGGGAUGAUAUAAUCAGAGAUAUUCUAGAUGACAAUGAUUUUGUCUCAGUUGUACUGAAGAGUGACAAAUCCAGUCCUAUAACUGGACCUGUAGAGAUCCCAUAUGUUCCAGAACAAGUACCAGGAAGAUUUAAAGCUCCACUUGACUAUUUGUCACUUGAUGGAUUCUCUCUCACUACGGAUGAUUUGGUUCUGCUUGGAAAAGGGCGAUAUAAAAUACAGCUGGAGAAAGAAGUUGCUGAAAGAGUCGUGAAAGGUCGAAAGUUGCUUGAGGAUAUUGUAGCUGAAAAUAAAGUUGUUUAUGGCAUCACUACAGGAUUUGGAAAGUUUGCCAAUACAGUUAUACCAAAUGAAAAACUAAUAGAGCUCCAGGAGAAUCUUAUCAGGUCUCAUAGUGCUGGAGUUGGUCCUCCACUUCCUCCUGACAGGGUACGCAUGCUGUUGGCUCUCAGGAUCAAUGUCCUUGCUAAAGGUUUCAGUGGCAUCUCUCUGAAAGUCCUCAACCAAUAUGUGGAUGCCUUCAAUGCAAACUGCUUACCCUGGGUACCCGAGAAGGGCACAGUGGGUGCCAGUGGGGACCUGGCCCCCCUGUCCCAUUUAGCUCUAGGCAUGAUGGGAGAGGGCAAGAUGUGGUCUGCAGAGAGCGGUUGGGGAGAAGCCAGAUAUGUUCUUGAGGCACAUGGACUACAGCCAAUAAAGCUUGGGCCUAAAGAGGGCCUGGCUCUCAUCAAUGGUACCCAGCUCAUAGCAUCUCUAGGAGCUGAAGCACUGGAAAGGGCAAAUGCAAUCUGUAGGCAAGCUGACAUUAUUGCAGCUUUAACUCUAGAGGUGUUAAAAGGAACAACAAAAGCAUUUGACAGUGAUAUUCAUGCAGCAAGGCCCCAUAAAGGCCAGAUAGCUGUUGCCCAAAGAUUCCGGGCUGUUCUACACUCUGAUCAGCACCCCUCUGAGAUUGCUAACAGCCACAGGUUCUGUAACAGAGUACAAGAUGCCUACACUUUGAGGUGCUGUCCACAGGUACAUGGGGUUGUGGUGGACACUAUAUCAUUUGUAAAGACCCUUCUAACAACAGAGCUGAACAGUGGUACAGACAACCCUAUGGUGUUUGCAGAUCGUUCAGAGAUCAUAUCUGGUGGCAACUUCCAUGGGGAGUACCCUGCCAAGGCCCUGGACUACCUGGCUAUAGCAGUACAUGAGCUUGCUAGUAUCAGUGAGAGACGCUUAGAUAGACUCAUGAACCCAGCAUACAGUGAGCUGCCAGCAUUCUUGACUAAUGAUGGGGGUCUCAACUCUGGGUUCAUGAUUGCCCAUUGCACUGCAGCAUCAUUAGUGUCCGAGAAUAAGGUAUUGUGUCACCCUAGUUCUGUUGACUCUCUGACUACCAGUGCAGGAACAGAGGAUCAUGUCAGUAUGGGAGGAUUCUCCGCACGCAAGGCACUCACUGUUGUGGAGAAUGUGGAACAUGUUCUUGCCAUUGAAUUGCUUGCUGCCUGCCAAGCCAUUGAGUUCCUGAGGCCUUUAAGGACAACAGCACCACUUGAGGAAGUCUACAAACUGGUCAGAGCAGUUGUGAAACCAUGGACCAAGGACAGACACAUGAGUCCAGACAUUGAUGCUGUUACAAAGAUAUUGCGGGAGGAAAAGGUUUGGGAAAAGAUCUCUCCAUAUAUAGAUAACUAUAAGCAGCUCUCUCCCGUGCAGGAGUCCCGGCCCAGCUCCCCAACCGCCUACAUGCUAGAGGAAGUAGCACGCAAACUCAAUCCUCCCAGGUCCAAGAAACGUAAGCUGGCUUCAUAAACAGUGCAUGGAGUAACCCUCUAUAGAAUAAAUAGACUAACAUUGUUGAUUAUUACAGGGAUAAA